GUAAAUACGGCUCGGCCGCCUGUAGAGAUAUCGCGCGGUCUGCCGUCCGUAUAGCUGUCUCACUCGCACUUCUCCAUUCGACUGUCGAAUGAGUGAGACAGUUAUUCGACACCGUUAACAUAGUAUUACUUCUUGUAAUGCUUUCUUUCUUGAUCGUUCAAUUUACGCAUAAAGAUGUAAAAUCGAAACGUUCCUCAUAACAUUUCCCCUCGCUGCUUAUUCUGCCCCGCCGCUUCAAGAGAUACGUCAAAGAUAAGCUUCGUAUGUAUGACGCUUUCGGGUUUUUCAUAUAUAUCCCUACUAGGGAUUCCCUAACCGGCGACACCUUUAGUGCCAGUGCAUGUAUAUUUGUAUAUAACGAACCAUUCCAAUUACCGAUAAAUCAGUACCAUUGUUCAAGUAUGGCAAUACACGCGUUUUAUAAUAUCCAGAGGAUAAACCGAAUAUUGGGUGUUGGAAUAAGAGCACUAAAUGCAACAUUAAGGCCCGCAUCUACUUUGACGCAAUCCAGAAUCAUCAAGGGAUCAAAUGGCGAGAAUAUUAUUAUGUCUCCAAUCAACGAUAUAUCUUAUCCGGAAACAUUAUUACACGAAUUUGUUUGGCACGACAGUGAAAGCUAUUCUAAUCAUAUUGCUUUGGAAUGCGGUAUCAAUGGCAAAAAGUACACUUACGCUCAAGCUAAGGAUGCGACAAGUUAUAUUGGCAGAAGUUUGCGGAAUAUUGGUCUCAAAAAGGGCGACGUGGUAGCAUUGGUGGCACCAAAUUAUCCGGACACUGUUUUAGGCUGCCUCGGCAUCUUGUCGGGCGAACUCGUCGUUACUACCAUGAAUCCGCUUUAUACGGCUGACGAAAUGUCGAGACAAUUGUUAAAAGCUAAAGCAAAAGCAGUUAUCACCGCGGCCGAAAUUGUAUCGACAGUUCUUAAUGCGACAAGAUCUUGUCUUCCGCCUGAAACGCCUGUUAUUGUGAUUGACGAUAAGACUGGUCCUAUUCCAGAGGGUUCGAUACCUUUUGAUGAUCUCAUAACGCGAGGCAAGUCGCUGCCACUUAUAAAUCCUAGCAUAACUUGCGACGAUGUGGCGGUUUUACCGUUCUCAAGUGGCACGACGGGAUUACCAAAGGCUGUUAUGCUGACACAUCGCAAUCUGGUGUCUAAUAUCAUGAUGGCUCAAGCUUCAAGCAAAAUAUUCCGGCCUACCACAAGUGAGUAUCAAGAUGUAGUACCUGCCAUAUUACCAUAUUUCCACAUUUACGGAAUGAAUGGUGUGGUAAAUUCGCGCUUAGCUUUUGGCGUGAAACUAAUCACUAUUCCAAAAUUCGUACCACAAACAUACCUCGAUAUAUUGGAGAAUCACAAGGCGACUUCACUAUUCCUCGUGCCACCAAUUAUGUUGUUUUUGUCAAAUUCCCCUCUCGUAAAGAAGCAACAUUUGGAACAUGUCUACACGAUAAUGAGCGGUGCUGCGCCUCUUUCUGAAUCAGAUAUCGAACCAAUAUAUAAAAAAUUCAAUAUUGACCCUAACGUCUUAAAAUGUCGUCAAGGUUACGGACUGACAGAAUCUUCACCUGUGGCAUUCAUUGAAGAAGGAAAGAAAUUGUCAAGCAUUGGACAUAAUAUCGCGAAUUGCCAAGCUCGUUUGGUGGAUGUAACGACUCAGCAGGACGUUAGCACUUCUGGUCAAACCGGCGAAUUAUGGAUAAGAGGACCACACAUCAUGAAAGGGUAUUUGGACGACGAAGCUGCCACGAAGGCAACAGUAACGAAAGAAGGAUGGUUGAAAACAGGCGACAUUGCUUACUUCGAUGAAGAUUUUGACUUUUAUAUUACAGACAGACUGAAGGAAUUGAUUAAAGUCAAGGGAUAUCAAGUACCACCAGCGGAACUGGAAGCGUUGUUGCGGUCACAUCCGGACGUAGAAGAGGCGGCGGUAAUUGGUAUUCCGCACGCGAGAUAUGGCGAGGUACCGAAAGCAUUUGUGGUAGCAAGUAAGAAUAAGAAACCCACCGAAGAUGAUAUUAAGAACUUUGUGAAAGAAAAGGUCUCCGAUUACAAGGAACUUACAGGUGGAGUCACAUUUGUUAACGAAAUACCAAAAAAUGCGUCUGGAAAAAUUCUAAGAUCAAAAUUAAAGACGUCCAAACCUUGAUAUUGAAGUAACUUCUUUAGCAUUUACGGUUUUUGAUAAAAAAUAAUUUUUUUAAAUAAAUAAUCUUAAUAAUUUGAUAAAACUU